GAAUUGACAGAGCCAUCCACCCUACGAUAUGAUUCUUGCAACCAUCUUUUUCUUUUCAUUUGAGAGUACGAUCGAUUGACAGUGUGAAGAUGGAGACAAGGUUGGAACUACAUGCAUCAAAUGGUUAGAUGGUGAACGGAGGAUGUCCUAGGCAAGAAGGCAGCAUGCGGCAGAUCUCCAUCUCCUUCGUUUCCUGUGCCUUUGAUCCAUCUUGGAGUCUACCUUGUCCUGUUAUACAUGGAGUAUAGGUCGAAGCUAAGAACAGUAAAGCUCUGGGAGAAGCGGAAGUGGCAGCAAUGGACAUCGUUAAGUCCUUCAAUGGCUACGGGAAGGUGAGCGAGAUCGCGGACCGACACUUCCGCCGCACCACGCGAAGGCGUCUCGCCCUCCUCGCCGCCUCCGCCGUCGUCCUCGUCGUGAUCGUCGUCUCCGUCGGCGUCGUCGCGGCGAUCGGGCACGGCGAUGGCUCUCCCUCGCCGACGUCAAUAGCGGACUCGAUCAAGGCCAUGUGCAACGUGACGCGCUACCCCGACUCGUGCUUCUCCAGCAUCUCCACUGCCAGGGGCGCCAACCUCACCGACGACCCCGAGGAACUCUUCAGGAUCUCCCUUGCUGUCGCCGUCGACGCCAUCGGGAAGGUCUCGACCGUGGCCGGCUCGUUCGAGAUCCCGGCCAAAGACAAGCGGCUCGAGGCGGCGCUCCGGGACUGCGACCAGCUGUUCGACAGCGCGAUCGACCGGCUCAACGACUCGCUGUCGCUGAUGCAGCCGCUGCCGGGGGAACCGCUGCUGAACGCAUCCAAGAUCGAAGACCUGACGACAUGGCUGAGCGCGGCGGUGACCGACCAGGAGACGUGCCUUGACGGGUUCGAGGGCACGACCGGAAACGUCAGGGACAAGAUGGAGGUGGCCAUGGUGAACUCCACGCAGUACACCAGCAAUAGCUUGGCCAUUUUGGUGGGCAUUCUCGGCAUCAUGGAGAAGCUAGAUUUCCCACUACAUAGAAAGCUGCUAUCGGUUCCUUCCGCUGUUCGGUAUCCCGCGUGGAUCUCGAGAGCGCAGAGGAGAGCUCUCCGGCAAGAUACGGCGAGGCGGGAGCCGAACGUGACGGUGGCAAUGGACGGGAGUGGGCAGGUGAAGACCAUCAAGGAAGCGAUCGAUCUGGCACCGAAGAAGAACGCCCACCCGUUCACCAUCUACAUCAAGGAAGGCGUGUACAAGGAGAAUGUGGUGGUGGACAAGAGCAAGUGGAACGUAAUUGUGUUGGGGGAUGGCAUGUACAAGACGAUCGUCGACGGGAAGCUGAACUUUAUCGAGGGAACGCCCACAUUCUCCACUGCAACCUUCACUGCAGCUGGGAAUGGCUUCAUGGCCAUGGACAUGGGCUUCAGGAACUUCGCGGGGCCCGAGAAACACCAGGCGGUGGCCCUCCGGUCCAGCUCCGACCGCUCCAUCUUCUUCCGUUGCUCCUUCGACGGCCACCAAAACACCCUCUACGCGCACUCCCUACGCCAGUUCUACCGCGAGUGCGACGUCGCCGGCACCGUCGACUUCAUCUUCGGCGACGCCGCCGUCGUGUUCCAGGACUGCAAGAUCAGGCCGAGGCAGGCCCUGCCCCACCAGCAGACCACCAUCACUGCGCAAGGCAAGACGGACCCCAACGAGAACACCGGCAUAUCGAUCCAGGCCUGCACUAUCGAAUCAUACGACAACGUCACAGUCUCAGCCUACCUUGGCAGGCCAUGGAAGGAUUACUCCACCACCAUCAUCAUGCAGUCGGAGAUCGGAACGGUUGUGAGUCCUACAGGGUGGCUGCCAAUGGAGAUCGGCACCGAGCCUCCGAGCACCAUCAGAUAUGCAGAGUAUCAGAACACCGGGCCUGGAUCGACUGUAGCUGGCCGCGUCAAGUGGCCAGGUUACAACCCAGGGAUCAACACAGAGGAGGCAAGCAAGUACACGGUGGAGACAUUUAUAGGAGGAGGAGUUUGGAUUCCGGCCACUGGCGUGCAGUUCCAAUCCAGCUUGGGCCAGUAAU